AAGCCUUCAGUGAAUGCAUCUUGGGAAGAAUAUGGCCAGUUCCUUGAUAGCAGUCUUCUUCAUGCUGGGGAUAUCCCAUGUUUGCAGCUCGGUCUUCCGCAGAGAGCAGCAGACGUGGUUUGAGGGCGUCUUCUUAUCUUCCAUGUGCCCUAUCAAUGUCAGCGCCAGCACUGUGUAUGGAAUUAUGUUUGACGCGGGGAGCACUGGAACUCGAAUUCAUGUUUACACUUUCGUGCAGAAAAUGCCAGGACAGCUGCCCUUUCUGGAAGGUGAAAUUUUUGAUUCUGUGAAGCCAGGACUCUCUGCUUUUGUAGAUCAACCAAAGCAAGGUGCUGAAACUGUACAAAGGCUCCUAGAGGUGGCCAAAGAUUCAAUCCCCAGAAGUCACUGGAAAAAGACACCAGUGGUUCUGAAGGCAACAGCAGGACUACGCUUACUGCCAGAACAGAAAGCCCAGGCUCUGCUCUUUGAGGUAGAGGAAAUCUUCAAGAAGUCCCCUUUCCUUGUCCCAGAUGACAGCGUUGGUAUCAUGGAUGGAUCCUAUGAAGGCAUAUUAGCUUGGGUUACUGUGAAUUUUCUAAGAGGUCAGCUACAUGGUCAUGGGCAGGAGACUAUGGGAACCCUGGACCUGGGAGGUGCUUCCACCCAAAUCACAUUCCUGCCCCAGUUUGAGAAAACCCUGGAACAAACCCCUAGGGGCUACCUCACUUCCUUUGAGAUGUUUAACAGCACUUUUAAGCUCUAUACACACAGUUACCUGGGAUUUGGAUUGAAAGCUGCAAGACUAGCAACUCUGGGAGCCCUGGAAACAGAAGGGAUUGAUGGACAUACUUUCCGAAGUGCCUGUUUACCAAGAUGGUUGGAAGCAGAGUGGAUUUUUGGGGGUGUGAAAUACCAGUAUGGUGGCAACCAAGAAGGAGCAAUGGGCUUUGAGCCCUGCUACUCUGAGGUGCUGGGGGUGGUGCAAGGAAAACUUCACCAGCCAGAGGAGAUCCGGAGAAGCUCUUUCUAUGCUUUCUCUUACUACUAUGAUCGAGCUGUUGACACACACUUGAUUGAUUAUGAAAAGGGGGGUGUUUUGAAAGUUGAAGAUUUUGAAAGGAAAGCCAGGGAAGUGUGUGAUAACUUGGAGAACUUCACCUCAGGCAGUCCUUUCCUCUGCAUGGAUCUCAGCUACAUCACAGCCUUGUUGAAAGAGGGCUUUGGCUUUGCAGACAGCACCCUCUUGCAGCUCACCAAAAAAGUGAACAACAUAGAAACAGGCUGGGCCUUGGGAGCCACCUUUCACCUGUUGCAGUCUCUGGGAAUCUCCGAGUAAGGCCUGCAUUUGCCAACCUUUCUCAGUGGAGGAGAGAGGAUUUGGGCAUUAUCUGAGCUCAUCUGGAGUCUGAAGCCCAGCAACUGACUAUCUAAAAAAAAAUUGUUUUUGUAGUCUUGCUCCUUGAGCCUGGAGAUUUGGGUUUAAUUAAUUUUACACACCUACUGUGAACUGUUAACCACUUGGUGGGGUGCACAACUGGCACUGGAAUGUAAAUCUUUUGAGAUUCUUUGUGUGUCACAGAGAGCCCUGAGAGGAAAAAAAUAGCUUUGGGCUGGGAGUGAUGGUGUGCCCCUUUAAUCCCAGCACUUGGGAGACACAGGUAGGAGGAUCACCGUGAGUUCGAGGCCACCCUGACACUACACAGUGAAUUCCAGGUCAGCCUGAGCUAGAGUGAGACCCUACCUCAAAAAAACAACAACAACAAAAAAACUUUGGAACUCAAAUGUUAAAGAGUUAGAGCUCCGGGAUAGGUCCCUGAGAAUCAAAGAAAAAUCUCAUUUCAACCUUU